UUGAUAGAGAACUGCUCAGAAGUGAAGCAGUUCAUCUUGCUGGGACUAAGCAACGCCCCUGAAGUAAAGGCAUCGCUCUUUGUCAUUUUCACCCUCAUCUACCUCAUCAAUGUGCUUGGGAACCUGGGCAUGAUUGUGUUGAUUUUCCUGGACUCUCAUCUUCACACUCCCAUGUACUUCUUGCUUAGUAACCUGUCUCUGGUAGACUUGGGAUACUCUUCAGCUGUCACUCCGAAAGCCAUGGCUGGGCUCCUCACAGGAGACAAGGUCAUUUCCUACAGUGCUUGUGCCACUCAGAUGUUCUUUUUUGUGGCCUUUGCCACUGUAGAAAAUAACCUCUUGGCUUCAAUGGCCUAUGACCGCUAUGCAGCAGUGUGUAAACCCCUCCAUUACACUGCCACCAUGACAAUAAGUUUAAGUGCUCAUCUGGCCAUAGGCUCCUUUGUUUGUGGUUUCAUGAAUUCUGUUUUCCACAUUGGGGACAUCUUCAGUCUCUCUUUUGGUACAUCUAAUGUGGUUCAUCACUUUUUCUGUGAUGUGCCAGCCGUCAUGGCUCUCUCCUGUUCUGAUAAACACGUCAGCGAAGUGAUCCUAGUUUUGAUGUCAAGCUUUAAUAUCUUUUGUGCUCUUCUGGUCAUCUUGGUGUCCUAUCUGUCCAUCUUCAUUACAAUCUUCAAGAUGCAUUCAACUAAGGGAUUCCAAAAAGCGUUGUCCACCUGCACAUCUCACCUCACUGCAGUUUCCAUCUUCUAUGGGACAGUCAUCUUCAUGUACUUACAGCCCAGCUCCAGUCAUUCCAUGGACACAGACAAAAUGGCAUCUGUAUUCUACACCAUGGUCAUCCCCAUGCUGAACCCUGUAGUCUACAGUCUGAGGAACAAGGAGGUGAAGAAAGCAUUCAAGAAAGUACUUAAGAAGGCAAAACUUUCCCCAAGAGUGGAACGUUAA